UCCCCCGGAGCGAAGGAGGCGGGUUUUGGCCUCUUGCCUUAGGGAGCGAGUGCGGAGGGAGUGGGAGUGGGACUGCCCCGAGUGGAAGUGGCUGCCUCUCCGGAGAGAGCCUGCUGUACUCCUCGCUGCUCAUGAACUCGUUUUCCGGCGAGCAGCGCCGUCGUUAGGCCGGCCCCGUAGCCUCUGCUUCCCCCGGGACAGGCCCACGCCUCGCCGGGGAGGGGGCAGCCCGUCCAGGCGCCUCCCUUGUCAGCGUCUGCGUCGCGCUGCGACCCUGGAAGCGGGAGCCGCGGCGAGCGAGAGGAGGAGCCCCAGCGGCGGCGGCGGCGGCGGGCAGCAGCACGAGCAGCGCCGGCGGGCGGGAUCGAGGCCGGCAACAUGGCGAGCGCCUCGUACCACAUUUCCAAUUUGCUGGAAAAAAUGACAUCCAGCGACAAGGACUUCAGGUUUAUGGCUACAAAUGAUUUGAUGACAGAACUGCAGAAAGAUUCCAUCAAGUUGGAUGAUGAUAGUGAAAGGAAGGUAGUGAAAAUGAUUUUGAAGUUACUGGAAGAUAAAAAUGGAGAGGUACAGAAUUUAGCUGUCAAAUGUCUUGGCCCUUUAGUGAGUAAAGUGAAAGAAUACCAAGUAGAGACAAUUGUAGAUACCCUCUGCACUAACAUGCUUUCUGAUAAGGAGCAACUUCGAGAUAUUUCGAGUAUUGGCCUUAAAACAGUAAUUGGAGAACUCCCUCCAGCUUCCAGUGGCUCUGCAUUAGCUGCUAAUGUAUGUAAAAAGAUUACUGGGCGUCUUACCAGUGCAAUAGCAAAGCAGGAAGAUGUCUCUGUUCAGCUAGAAGCCUUGGAUAUUAUGGCUGAUAUGUUGAGCAGGCAAGGAGGACUUCUUGUUAAUUUCCAUCCUUCAAUUCUGACCUGUCUGCUCCCCCAGUUGACCAGCCCUAGACUUGCAGUGAGGAAAAGAACCAUUAUUGCUCUUGGCCAUCUGGUUAUGAGCUGUGGAAAUAUAGUUUUUGUUGAUCUUAUUGAACAUCUGUUGUCAGAGUUGUCCAAAAAUGAUUCCAUGUCAACAACAAGAACCUACAUACAAUGUAUUGCUGCUAUUAGUAGGCAAGCUGGUCAUAGAAUAGGUGAAUACCUUGAGAAGAUAAUUCCUUUGGUGGUAAAAUUUUGUAAUGUAGAUGACGAUGAAUUAAGAGAGUACUGCAUUCAAGCCUUUGAAUCAUUUGUGAGAAGAUGUCCUAAGGAAGUAUAUCCUCAUGUUUCUACCAUUAUAAAUAUAUGUCUUAAGUAUCUUACUUAUGAUCCAAAUUAUAAUUAUGAUGAUGAAGAUGAAGAUGAAAAUGCCAUGGAUGCAGAUGGUGGUGAUGAUGAUGACCAAGGGAGUGAUGAUGAAUACAGUGACGAUGAUGACAUGAGUUGGAAAGUGAGACGUGCAGCUGCUAAGUGCUUGGAUGCUGUAGUUAGCACAAGGCAUGAAAUGCUUCCAGAAUUCUACAAGACCGUCUCUCCCGCACUGAUAUCCAGAUUUAAAGAGCGUGAAGAGAAUGUAAAGGCAGAUGUUUUUCAUGCAUACCUUUCUCUUUUGAAGCAAACUCGUCCUGUGCAAAGUUGGCUGUGUGACCCUGAUGCAAUGGAACAGGGAGAAACACCUUUAACAAUGCUUCAGAGUCAGGUUCCCAACAUUGUUAAAGCUCUGCACAAACAGAUGAAAGAAAAAAGUGUGAAGACCCGACAGUGUUGUUUUAACAUGUUAACUGAACUGGUAAAUGUAUUACCUGGGGCCCUAACACAACACAUUCCUGUACUUGUACCAGGAAUCAUUUUCUCACUGAAUGAUAAAUCAAGCUCAUCAAAUUUGAAGAUUGAUGCUUUAUCCUGUCUAUAUGUAAUCCUCUGUAACCACUCUCCUCAAGUCUUCCAUCCUCAUGUUCAAGCUUUGGUCCCUCCAGUGGUGGCUUGUGUUGGAGAUCCAUUUUACAAGAUUACAUCUGAAGCGCUUCUUGUUACUCAACAGCUUGUCAAAGUAAUUCGUCCUUUAGAUCAGCCUUCCUCGUUUGAUGCGACUCCUUACAUCAAAGAUCUAUUUACCUGCACCAUUAAGAGGUUAAAAGCAGCUGACAUUGAUCAGGAAGUCAAGGAAAGGGCUAUUUCCUGUAUGGGACAAAUUAUUUGCAACCUUGGAGACAAUUUGGGCUCUGACUUGCCUAAUACCCUUCAGAUUUUCUUGGAGAGACUGAAGAAUGAGAUUACGCGGUUAACUACAGUGAAGGCAUUGACACUGAUUGCUGGGUCGCCUUUGAAGAUAGAUUUGAGGCCCGUCCUGGGAGAAGGGGUUCCUAUCCUUGCUUCAUUUCUCAGGAAAAACCAGAGAGCUUUGAAACUGGGUACCCUUUCUGCUCUAGAUAUUCUAAUUAAAAACUAUAGUGAUAGCCUGACAGCUGCCAUGAUUGAUGCAGUUCUAGAUGAGCUCCCACCUCUUAUCAGCGAAAGUGAUAUGCAUGUUUCACAGAUGGCUAUCAGUUUUCUUACCACACUGGCAAAAGUGUAUCCCUCCUCCCUUUCAAAGAUAAGUGGAUCCAUUCUCAAUGAACUUAUUGGACUUGUUAGAUCACCUUUAUUGCAAGGGGGAGCUCUUAGCGCCAUGCUAGACUUUUUCCAAGCUCUGGUUGUCACUGGAACAAAUAAUCUAGGAUACAUGGAUUUGUUGCGCAUGCUGACUGGUCCAGUUUAUUCUCAGAGCACAGCUCUUACUCAUAAGCAGUCUUAUUAUUCCAUUGCCAAAUGUGUAGCUGCUCUUACUCGAGCAUGCCCUAAAGAAGGACCAGCUGUAGUGGGUCAGUUUAUUCAAGAUGUCAAGAACUCGAGGUCUACAGAUUCUAUUCGCCUCUUAGCUCUACUUUCUCUUGGAGAAGUUGGGCAUCAUAUUGACUUAAGUGGGCAGCUGGAACUAAAAUCUGUCAUAUUAGAAGCCUUCUCAUCUCCUAGCGAAGAAGUCAAAUCAGCUGCAUCCUAUGCAUUAGGCAGCAUUAGUGUGGGCAACCUUCCUGAAUAUCUGCCAUUUGUCUUACAAGAAAUAACCAGUCAACCCAAAAGGCAGUAUCUUCUGCUUCAUUCCUUGAAGGAAAUUAUUAGCUCUGCAUCAGUGGUGGGCCUUAAACCAUAUGUUGAAAACAUCUGGGCCUUAUUGCUAAAGCACUGUGAGUGUGCAGAAGAAGGAACCAGAAAUGUUGUUGCUGAAUGUCUAGGCAAACUCACUCUAAUUGAUCCAGAAACUCUCCUUCCACGGCUUAAGGGGUAUUUAAUAUCAGGCUCAUCAUAUGCCCGAAGCUCAGUGGUUACAGCUGUGAAGUUUACUAUUUCUGAUCAUCCACAGCCUAUUGACCCCCUAUUAAAGAACUGCAUAGGUGAUUUCCUAAAAACUUUGGAAGACCCAGAUUUGAAUGUAAGAAGAGUGGCCUUGGUCACAUUCAACUCAGCAGCACAUAAUAAGCCAUCAUUAAUAAGGGAUCUUCUAGAUACUGUUCUUCCACAUCUUUAUAAUGAAACAAAAGUUAGAAAGGAGCUUAUAAGAGAGGUAGAAAUGGGUCCAUUUAAGCAUACAGUUGAUGACGGCCUGGAUAUUAGAAAGGCAGCUUUUGAGUGUAUGUACACACUUCUAGACAGUUGUCUGGAUAGACUUGAUAUCUUUGAAUUUCUAAAUCAUGUUGAAGAUGGUUUGAAGGACCAUUAUGAUAUUAAGAUGCUCACAUUUUUAAUGUUGGUGAGACUCUCUACCCUUUGUCCAAGUGCAGUACUGCAGAGGUUGGACCGACUUGUUGAGCCAUUACGUGCUACAUGUACAACUAAGGUAAAAGCAAACUCAGUAAAGCAGGAGUUUGAAAAGCAAGAUGAACUAAAGCGAUCUGCCAUGAGAGCAGUAGCAGCACUGCUAACCAUUCCAGAAGCAGAGAAGAGUCCACUGAUGAGUGAAUUCCAGUCACAGAUCAGUUCUAACCCUGAGCUGGCAGCCAUCUUUGAAAGUAUCCAAAAAGAUUCGUCAUCCACUAACUUGGAAUCAAUGGACACUAGUUAGAUGUUGGUUCAACCUGGGGACCAUUACAUUGACCAUAUGAUGCACUGAAUUGACAGGUUAAUCAUAAGACAUGGAAAGAGAAGUAAAGCUUCAAAAUGUUCCACUUUUUUUUUUUCCUUCGUGGAGACAGUUUGACUUUCUUCCAUUGUUGUUUUUGUAGCAUUUAUUUCAGAAAUACGUAUUUCCAUAAUCCAGAGGUUGUAAAACCACUAAUGUUUUAGUGGUUAGGGCAACAUUUAAAAUGACAUCUAAAAGUUAGGAUUGAUGGAGAUAGGGUCCAGUAUCUAUUUACCCUGUAAUGUUUAGGAUUAAAAUGUUAAAAUUUUGUGACCAUGAAUUUUCUUUCUUUUAUAAAUUUUCUCUUAUUUAAAAAUCAAAAAUUCUGCAAGACAAAAAACCAUGUUUCUUUUUCUUGUAUAACUUUUUGUUUCAGCAGCACAAAUUGAUUUUUAGCUGUGGCAGACAAGAAUACCUGUGUAAGAUUUGUUACAUUUCGGAGGGGUUGGCAGUUUAAAAGAGAUAAUAUCAUUUUUUUUUAGGUAUGGGGAUUAACAGUAUCCCUGUUGCGCACACUAAUUUUGCAUGAGCAAGUUUACAAAUAUGUAUUGUCUGUAAAGCAGCAUGUGCAGAUUAUUCAUAAUACAAAAGUAAAAAUAAGUAUUAUUGUAUUAGUGCAAUUUUCAGAUAUUUAUUUUUGCACAGAAAACAUAUCUGGAGAGAAAGAGAGAGGAGUAAAUUUUUGAAACUUUGGUUUUCUUAAUGCCAGUGUGAAUUUGCAGAUGUUUUCAGCAAAUCAAGUCAUGAUAACAAUUCGCCACUUCUUUUUCUAUUAUAAAUUUUCAUAUACAUUUAAAAUUUGAAUAUUUAAGUACUCAGUUUUUCUCAGUUACCCAUUUGUGUGCGUGUGUUUCCACUUAGAAAUUCUUAAAGCCAGAUUUUUCUUUCAUUUCCUUUGUAUCUCUACAUUCCUUAUCGAAAGAGUCAAAUAACUAUACGCUUUUGAAUUUUACUUUUAGGAAAAUUCUGAAGCUGGCUAUCACAGGUUUGUUAGCUAAUAAUAGUAUUUUCUUUUAGUUGAGUUAGAUUUUCCCCCUUUCUUGGAGAGCUAAUUUACAUAUUGUAUUCGGUAAGCGUUGACUACUUUUCCUGAUUAAAGGGUCUGUGCUUGGGGGAAACAGUACCUUAUAUUGUAGUUAAGAUUUUAUUUAACAUAUCCUUCAGUGAGCUCAUUUCACACUGUAGCCUCUUCCUUCAAAUUUGUGGUGCUCCUGUAACAGUAAGAACUAAUUUCUGAAAUAAAAGACAUCUCCUAAUGCUGUGCAAACAUAGUUUACAUGUAUUGAAGGAGGCAGUUGUUAAAUUGAGUGACCAAUUUUAAGCAUUCAGAUAUUUGAAAACUGCACCCUUUAUUUUUGAAACUGUGAAUUAGAAGUAUUUUUCCUGCUGUAUUGCUUAACCUGCUUUAACAUCCAAAUAUGCGGUGAUUUUAAUUGGUAACAUACUGUGGUUAUUAGAUUAACAGCUUGACUUCAGAUAUUCAGAUGAUAAUGCAUAAGACAUCAUUACCAGUAAGGAUUUUGAUUAGGACAUGGACCAUUACAUGAAGUUGGUGCCAUUUCAGAAUGUGGCAGGUGAUAAUCAUACCAUAAUUUGCAUAAAACUGUAAUAGAAAUUUAUUUUGAGAUGUUGGUAUAUUAUGUACUAUGCAUUACCGUGAUAUAGAUGUUGUGGAUAUAUUUAAGUAUUUGGUUACAUCAUUUCACAAUAAAUUACAAUACUGCAGGCUCUAGGACCAUA